ACGGGAGAGCCGCGUGGCUGCCAGCAGCAACCACGUUGCUCCGGGCUGUGCUAAGGAUGCGGCGGGGGCAAGGGAAGCGAAAGGCCGAGGCCACGGAGCUGCCGGGCGUGUCUCGGAGGAGGAAAGAGGAAGAGGAGGCGGUGCAGGAGGCCCGGCGGAGGGCAGCCCCGUCCGUGCGGGAGUUCAAGUACAACAAAAAGCGGGUUCGCCUCGUCUCGCAGGGCUCGGACCUUAAGGAGGAUGCUCGGUGCAUCCUUUACUGGAUGUCCCGAGACCAGCGGGUGCAAGAUAACUGGGCUUUCCUCUACGCCCAGCGCCUGGCCCUCAAGCAGGAGCUGCCUCUGCACGUCUGCUUCUGCCUCGUGCCCAAAUUCCUAGAUGCCACCAUCCGCCACUAUGGCUUCAUGCUGAGGGGCCUGCAGGAGGUGGCCGAUGAGUGCGCAGAGCUGAACAUCCCCUUCCACUUGCUGCUGGGCUAUGCUAAGGACGUGCUGCCCACCUUUGUGGUGGAGCGUGGUGUGGGCGGGCUGGUGACAGACUUCUGCCCCCUCCGCCUCCCCCGGCAGUGGGUGGAGGACGUCAAGGAGCGGUUGCCAUUGGAUGUGCCAUUUGCUCAGGUUGAUGCCCACAACAUUGUGCCUUGCUGGGUCGCCUCCCCCAAGCAGGAGUACGGCGCCAGGACCAUCAGGGGCAAGAUCCAUGCUCAGCUCCCAGAAUUUCUCACCGAGUUCCCCCCCAUCAUUCGUCACCCAUAUCUCCCUUCCUUUCCAGCAGAGCCCAUCGCAUGGGAGGCCUGUUAUUCCAGCUUGCAGGUGGACCGCACCGUGAAGGAGGUGGAGUGGGCAACCCCUGGCACAGCUGCAGGGCUGGCUGUGCUGCAGUCCUUCAUCAAGGAGCGGCUGAAAUCCUUCGGGUCCCACCGAAAUGAUCCCAACAAGGCAGCGCUCAGCAACCUGUCCCCAUGGUUCCACUUUGGCCAGGUUUCCACUCAACGAGCCAUCUUGGAGGUGCAGAAGCACCGGGACAAGUACAAGGAGUCGGUGAACGCGUUUGUGGAGGAAGCAGUGGUGCGGCGGGAGCUGGCUGAAAACUUCUGCUACUACAAUGAGAACUACGACAGCGUGCAAGGUGCCUACGACUGGGCGCAAACCACCCUGAAACUGCAUGCCAAAGACAAGAGGCCUUUUCUCUACAAGCUGCAGGAGCUGGAGGAGGGGACCACACAUGACCCGCUCUGGAAUGCUGCCCAGCUCCAAAUGGUCCGGGAGGGCAAGAUGCAUGGCUUCCUGCGGAUGUACUGGGCCAAGAAGAUCCUGGAGUGGACCCGCUCCCCCGAGGAGGCCCUGCAGUUUGCCAUCUACCUCAAUGACCGCUAUGAGCUGGACGGGAGGGACCCCAACGGAUACGUAGGCUGCCUCUGGUCCAUCUGUGGCAUACAUGACCAGGGCUGGGCAGAGCGGGCCAUCUUCGGGAAGAUCCGCUACAUGAACUACGCCGGCUGCAAGCGCAAGUUCGACGUGGGCCAGUUUGAGCGCCGCUACGCUCCCUGCACGCUGCCCCAGUGACGGGCACAGCCUGCCCUGAGACGGCUCAUCCCCCUCUGUGCUGCGGGCAGACGUGCCUUUGCUGAGGUGCCAGCUCACACCUUACCCCCUGGGCAGGGAUUGCCCAGGUGCUGUUGGAGGGCUCGCUGUAACAAGGCUGGGGGUUCUGCAGGUCUCUUUUCCCUGCCAUCACCCCCUGCUCCAGCUGCCAUGCUGGGGCAGCUGGUGCAGCCCCAUGGGGCCAUCCUGCUGCCAUGAGUUUGCUGGCAGCUGAGAGGCCAUCCUUGGUAUGCUUGUGCCUGCCAGAAAGCUUUUCUACAGCCACUGUGCUCAGGAAUAAGCCCUGAUUUAGAUUUAGGCUGAGUGGGGCUUUUCUGGGGAAGAGCCUCCAGAAAUGGGCUCCUCCUGCAGUGGUGCCCAAAGGGAAGCUCUGCUUUGCUUGGUGCUGUGCUGGGCUUGCACACACACCC